AUGGUUCCAGCUCCCACUGCUGCUCCACCUACCCAGCCUGCCAGGGGCAGAGGCCGGGGAGAUAGAGGUCGCCCUCGUGAGAGGAUGCGUAUGUGCAUUGAUUAUCGCCAGUUGAACAAAGUUACAGUGAAGAACCGAUAUCCUUUACCUCGCAUUGACGAUCUGUUUGACCAGCUUCACGGCGCACAAGUGUUUUCUAAGAUUGACUUGCGCUCAGGGUACCAUCAGUUGAAGAUUCGGGAGCCAGAUAUCUCGAAGACUGCCUUCAGGACUCGAUAUGGCCAUUACGAGUUCCUUGUCAUGUCAUUUGGGCUGACCAAUGCCCCUGCAGCUUUCAUGCAUUUGAUGCACAGUAUGUUCAGGCCAUAUCUUGACUCGUUCGUGAUUGUUUUUAUUGAUGAUAUUCUGGUGGGAAAAAUUGGGUAUCAACAUCCCCGACUCUAUCAAAGAGGGCUGAUCAAGCUUGCUCGCUGGGCCAGCAAGGCCCCGUUCUUCAGUAUAGAUGAGGCUCGGGACCGUGUUGUUCUUUCUCUUAUCUUUUUCCUUAUCGAUGUUCUUGGUGUUUCAGCUGUGGCCCAGGUGCUGGACGUAGUUCCUAAACUCAAGGAACAGGUCGAGGGACUGGUCUCUAAAAUGACAUUGCCAUGA